UGGCCCAAAUCCCCAUAUAUCACCGUACCUUCUCCAACUAACUUUCACAACGUCGUCGUCUCCGUCCACACUUCUCUGCAACAUUUAGCGCAAUUUUUCCCAUGUCCCGCUUACAAUCCCUAACAAGAUCCACACCGUCCAUCCACCAGCGGCUCUCAGUCCGCCACUUGUCCACUGCACCACAGCCAUCAUCAUCGUCACUCUCGUCUCUGAUCACUGCCUCGAGCCUCGACUCUAACCCUCACCAAAACCCCUCUUAUGGCUCCUUCAUCAAAUGGAUCUCGGGCUUCGCUGUGGGCUCGGGGCUAGGGCUUCUCUACUGGUCUUCUCCCAAUUCGGUCUUGACUUUCGCCGAUUGGUCAACGGUGGUCCCGGGAGAAACUUUGGAGGAUCCGCCUUCGCGUUCCUUGUCUCAGAAACUGUCUUUGCCCGAGAUUACCCCUAGGUUUCUCUUCGGAGAUGCUUAUAGAAGAAAGAUCUUCUUCAACUAUGAGAAACGCAUUAGGUUGCGAAGUCCGCCUGAGAAGGUUUUUGAGUAUUUUGCAUCCUCUAGUACGCAAGAGGGAGAGUUACUUAUGAGGCCGGAAGAUCUUAUGAGGGCAGUAGUUCCGGUUUUCCCUCCAUCUGAGUCCCACCUUGUUAGAGAUGGAUAUUUGAGAGGGGAAAGAAAUCCUGGAGAUUUGCGCUGUUCUCCUUCUGAAUUUUUCAUGCUUUUUGAUGUAAACAAUGACGGGCAUAUUUCUUUUAAAGAAUAUAUUUUCUUUGUGACACUACUAAGCAUCCCAGAAUCAAGUUUUUAUGUCGCCUUUAAAAUGUUUGACACUGACGAUAGUGGAAAAAUCGAUAAGGAAGAGUUCAAGAAAGUGAUGGCUUUGAUGCGAGCCUGCAAUAGACAAGGUGCUAACCACAGGCAUGGAAUUCGAACUGGGCUAAAAUUCAAUGGUUCUGUAGAAAAUGGUGGGCUUGUCGAGUACUUUUUUGGUAAAGAUGGGAAGGAUUGUCUCCAACUUGAUAAAUUUGUCAAAUUUUUGAGAGAUUUACAAGAUGAAAUGGUAAGGUUGGAGUUUGCUCACUAUGACUAUAAAUUACGAGGAACCAUAUUGGCAAAGGACUUUGCCUUGUCCAUGGUUGCUUCUGCUGACAUGACUCAUUUAAGCAAUUUGCUCAAUCGGGUUGAUGAAUUGAACAAUAAACCACAUCUUAAAGACGUGCGCAUCACAUUUGAGGAAUUCAAAAAUUUUGCCGAGCUUCGGAAAAAAUUGCAGCCAUUGUCUUUGGCCCUUUUCAGCUAUGGAAAAGCAAAUGGCAUGUUAACACGAGAGGAUUUCCAGCGAGCUGCUUCUCAUGUUACCAGAACUUUUUGGAAGUUUACAGAGCCUUUUGGAACUGUUGCCUUAAGUUUGUGGCGUAUCUCUGACUGACAAUGUGGUCGAAAUCAUCUUCCAUGUGUUUGAUUCGAACCGAGAUGGAAAUUUAAGCUUAGCCGAGUUUUUUAGAGUUUUACACCAACGGGGAAGGGACAUUGCUCAACACGUGGAUACAGGAAUCAUGGUUCUCGACUAAUUAGAUUUGGCUGCAUGGACCCUAUGUAUAACGUUAGGUUGAUACUGGUUUGAUAGCUCAAGGGGGUGAAUCCUCUUGUAAAUUCGUAAAAUAUAACCUGUAAGUAGCUAGAUAAGUUAUAGCUCUAUCUAACAGUGAUAUUUCAGCUGUUGUAAUGUGCUCGUCCUCUUGCUCCUAUCUCUAAUGUAAAAAGUUCCAUUUUGUGUGUGUUUCGCA